AUUUUUAACCCAGUGAAAUUUAACGAGUACAAGAAGUUAUCAUCAAAUAAAUUACCACUUUCAAAUCCACAUGCAGAUCACAUAGCUGAUCAAAGAUGGGAGAAUCUGGACCACAGAGGUGAAGUAUAGUACAAGAAGUUAUCAUCAAAUUAAUUACAGGUCGGGUAUAUAGUCAGAAACAAUUAAUAAUGUGUCGGAAAUGGUGAAAAACCCUCUAGUUAAAUACUAGCACAACAUUCAAAUCAACAUGCACAUCACCUAACUUAUCAAAGAUGGGAGAAUCUGCACCACAAAGGUAUGCAGUGGUGACUGGAUCAAACAAAGGAAUUGGAUUUGAGAUAGUGAAGCAGUUAGCUUCAUCUGGAAUCAAAGUGGUGCUUACAGCAAGAGAUGAACAAAGAGGUCUUCAAGCUUUGGAAACACUCAAAGCUUCUGGUUUAUCUCAUUCUGUUGUUUUUCAUCAACUAGAUGUUGCUGAUGCUGCAAGUGUAGCUGCUCUUGCAGAUUUUCUCAAAUCACAAUUUGGCAAACUUGAUAUUCUGGUUAACAAUGCUGGGAUUGGCGGAGUUGAUAUUAAAGACCGUGAUUUAUUCACUUCAACAAUCAUUACGAACGGGAAGGCACUAUCUGAUGAUGAAUUGAGAAGGACAAUGACACAAUCAUAUGAGUCAACUAAAGAAUGCUUAGAGAUAAAUUAUCAUGGUGCUAAGAGAACAUUUGAAUGUCUUCUUCCCCUACUCCAGUUAUCAGAUUCACCGAGAGUAGUCAAUGUUUCAGGAACACUGGGCAAGAUAGAGUGUGUAUCAAAUGAAUGGGCUAAAGGAGUGUUCAAUGAUGUUGAUAACCUUACAGAAGAGAAAAUAGAUGAAGUGUUAAAGGAAUUUAUCAAGGAUUUCGAACAAGGGUCUUUAGAAAGAAAAGGUUGGCCUAGGUAUUUCGCUUCCUAUAUUGUUGCUAAAGCUUCAAUGAAUGCUUAUACAAGAAUUAUUGCAAAGAAGUAUCCAAAUUUCUGCAUCAAUUGUGUUUGUCCUGGUUAUGUGAAGACAGAUAUAACUGCUAAUACUGGUUUCUUCACUACAAAAGAAGGUGCUGCUCAUCCUGUUAGGCUAGCAUUGCUUCCCAACGGUAGUCCAUCUGGCCUCUACUAUAUUCGAAAUGAACUAUCUUCAUUUUGACUGAUAUGCAUUAAUAGUGUAAGGAUUUUACAUCGUCAAUAAAUUGUAAUGGUUAGAAUUGUGAUUGUUGGAUUAUAAAAAGAUAUUUGACUUCAAAUAUAAUUAUUUCUUAA